CAACACAGCAUGAACGUAUACCUGGGAGCCGGUCCGAUCCGUCGCUGUCUGGACCUGGGAGCCGACAUCGUGGUGACGGGUCGUUGUGUGGACAGCGCCAUCGCUCUGGGGCCGCUGAUGCACACCUUUGGAUGGCAGAGGAGCAACUACGACCUGCUGGCAGCUGGGAGUCUUGCAGGUCACCUCAUUGAAUGUGGAGCUCAGAGCACCGGAGGAAUCUUCACCGACUGGCACAAAGUCCCUGACUGGGACAACAUGGGUUUCCCGGUGGUCGAGUGCUCCGCCGACGGUUCCUUCGUUCUGUCCAAACCGCCCAGAACCGGCGGCCUGGUGUCCUUCGGUACGGUGGCCGAGCAGCUCUUGUACGAGAUUGGUGACCCGCGGAGAUACAUGCUGCCCGACGUCACCUGCGACUUCAGCCAGGUGCAGCUGCAGGAGCUGCCAGGUGUAGACGGAGGUGCUGUCAGAGUGACCGGAGCUAAAGGCUUCGCUCCGUCUCGUGACUACAAGGUAUGUGCGACCUACAUGGACGGUUUCAGAGCGACGGCGGUUUGUCCCAUCGGAGGGCCGAGAGCGGCAGAAAAGGGCCGGCGAACUGCAGACAGCAUCAUCAAACGGACGAAGCGAAUGUUCAAGCAGUUGGGGAUGGAAGAUUACACCUCCGUCAACGUCCAGGCCCUCGGAGCUGAAGACACGUACGGCGCCAAUGCUCGCAACAAGGGCUCCAGGGAGGCGGUGAUCUGGAUCGCCGUCCACCACAAACAGAAGAAAGCUCUGGAAGUCUUCUCCAGGGAAGUGGCUCCUGCGGGUACCGGCAUGGCUCCUGGACUCACCGGUAUCGCGGGCGGGCGACCCAGAGUGUCUCCCGUCCUGAAGCCGUUUUUCUUCUUACAUCCCAAAUCUGAGCUGACGGUGGACAUUCAUGCCAAUGGAGAACUGGUGGAGUCACUUUCAGAGGCGGGGCCAGACACACCUGAGCAGGACGAAGCCCCGUCCACCUCGGAGGAUGUACCUGACACAGACUUGCCUAGUGGACCACUCAGCUACAGACUGGAGGAACUGGCCUACACAAGGAGCGGCGACAAAGGCGACUCGGCUAACAUCGGUGUGAUCGCUCGCCAUCCCCUCUUCUUCCCUUACCUGAAAAAACACCUGACUUCUUCUGUGGUGCAGGAAUACUUGUGCCACCUCUUCGCACCAGAAGAGAAGAACCCUGUCACAAGAUACACUCUGCCAGGGAUCCACGGCCUCAACUUCGUCCUGCAGAGCUCGCUGGGAGGGGGUGGCGUGGCGUCUCUUCGCAGUGACCCCCAGGGCAAAGCCUUCGGUCAGAUGCUGCUGGACCUGAAGCUGAAAGGACUCCCCGACCUCAAGUCGCUGGUGGACUGAGAGAUGUGGUGAGAGCUGGAGGCAAAUGGAGACAUGAAAGGCACUUCACAAGAAGGACAGAGAGCCAGACUUGAAAGACAGUUUACCUCAACAGAAACACAAAGAUCCCAACACCCUAAACAAGAAAGAAAACAACACUUAAAAAGCACAAGAUUCUAAUCAACAUAUAAUUUGGCACAGAUUUAGAGGAUUUUGCCCACAAUGCGAUCCAAACAGAAACAUCCAAAGAAAACAGAAACACUAAGUAGAACUUGGAGGAACAUAUUCACUACAUGUGUUUGGCUAAAUACAUUUUUCCCAUCCUCCAAGAGGUUUUAGUCAGCUCCAAGGGAAAACACCACACAAAAUACCUAGAUUUGUUCAUUUUGGUUUCAUUUACUUAAGCAUAAGACAUAUUUUUGCUCCUCAUGGUCAGAAAUAACAGAAAAAUGCAGAUUCCUGUCAAAUACGGAAACCAAGACUCAUUGUCUUUACUGUACUUGAACUCUUCUCAUUAUCGCGAUCUUUAAAAAAAACCUUGAUUUCCACCUAAACCAUGGACUUAUUUAGAAUUUCCAUCACUUAAAGCAUGCUCAAAAUCAGUCACUAGCAGUUCCAUAACUAUUAAACCCAAACCAAACAACCUUUCAGCUGUACGGAUCAAAAAUGCUCAGAAGAAUUUGGAAAUAACAACAAGACUUGAUGUGUUUCUGUUACCAGGUCUGAAAAGUUCCGCAAAACUGCACUGUAAAUUUUUACGGAUCAAAACUGCACCUAAAAUACAGCACACAUUGAAAUAUUUCGUUCUAGACCAAAGUGUUGCUAUUUGUAUGGCAAAAAAGCAAAUGUCCAAGUAUUGAACCUUGUGGAACACCAGAGAACAUUCGCCUUUUAAGCACCGGAUUCGACUUAGAUGCACGUUUUAGAGGUGAACUUAAUCUGCUGUAAAAUAAGAAUUAAUUCAGCUUUACUGUGAAAAGCUGCAAUUUAGAAGGUUAAAUUAAACCAGAGGAUAUAAAUAAGGUCCAUAAAAUGACUAAAGUGAUGUCGUUUAUGCAGCUUUUUGUCUGGAAUGCGACGCUGACCAUGGUUGUAGAUUUAUUCCUUGUUCUUCUUAAAUUGUUUUUUUCUUGGCUGCUGCUUUCAUGGUUAAGGAUGAAUUAUAAAUCUCAACAAGUGCUUAGAAUGAAGUCUAGAAGACAGCUGCAGGUAAAAUUACUUGAAAAGCUACAAGUUUCCAAGUUGUGUUACUCUUAGUUUUGGGGUUAAAAUGUGCACUAAACCAUGACUGUAUUGACUGUGUGUCGGAGCUUCGCUGGAAGCUGGCGACAGACUGUCUGAGAGGUUUUUCCUGCUCAAAGCACACAUGUUGGUGAUGUAGGAAGCACUUUAGAUCCAGACUGGAGCUGCCCUGACCUCCGACCCCUCAGGAACCAGGACGGUGGUUUGGGUUUCCCUCCGAGGGUAAACGGAGUCUCUGCCGUCAGAUAUCGGAGGACACUCGGACUCUAGGUCCGACACCCGGUUCUCCCGUCGGGUUCACCUCGGUGUGACCCGACUCCGAUGUCGGCUGGCCCGCAGGAAUGCUGGUCUGCAUCCACCAAACCAACUCUGUGGCUUCCAGCCUGUUUAGUCAUAAUUGCAAACAGACUGAAGCUGCAGUCCCUCGGCAGCUUCCGUCGGGGCUCAAAUCUCAUCAGGUCCACCUCGUCUGAAUCACAUCCCUCCCCCCCCGUUUCACCAAACCUUCCUCCUGACGCCGCUUUUCCAACUCCCAGUGUCCAGGAAAAUUCCUCUCCGACCCUUGACCUCUUUUCAAGAACUAGAUUUAAGUCUUGUCGAAUAAAUAGAGACAAAUCCUCAAAUGGAGAGAAAAAGAGCCACGUUAGAGUCUGCCUGCAACAAUAAAUAAACAGCCGUCCUCUAAACAGACAUUCAGAGACGUUGGCAGGACAGAUCCUUCCAGGCAACGAUUGAAAGCAGAGUUUGAUUCAGUCACACGGGAAAAGUUCGAAUCUCUCAGCCCGUCUUUGGGAUUUAGAGGCAGAUUUUUACAAAGCGAGGUGUCAAAAUCAAAGCUCUAAAUCCCGGUUUCUGUCAAGAAGCCGCAGCUGUCAGCACUUUGCAUGUAAACCCUCAGAUAUGUUCACAUCUCAAUGAUGAACUACAACAGUUUGGAUCCACAUCUGUCUGGCAUAUUGCUCCACAAAAACCGUUUGUUUUAAUUACUCGGAGAAACCCUUCAUCACUGUUAAACAACACUUCACCCGACACACAUUCAAUGUUUUCCCAAAACAAGUCGUGUGUGAGGAUUUCCCAGCAAUCACUACUCAUUUUCUGGCAUCUUUUAGUCAUUUUGCACUCUGCUCUUUGCCAUUAUUGGCUUUCCUGCAACCAAUAUUUUGUUCAGAACAUAAGAAUAGGCAGCAAUUGUUGGGAAUAUAGUUUCAUUUUAGGGGUGAGAGGAGCAAAUGUGCCACUUGAACCAACGUCAAGAUGGAAAUUGAUGGUUUUUACAGACAGUUUCCCCAAAAAUCCAAUUAAGAUUUCACUUUAUUCAUUCAAGGUUUAUUUCUUUGUAUAGUUGGGAAACAGUCAGCAAUCUUCUGAACUUAUUACAAAAAGCAUUUAGUAGACAAAAAGUAGAUCAUAAAAUAUGAGACUCCUUUAUUAAUGUUGAAAAUGUAGGUAUCCCACAGAUUCCUGUAAAUGUGGAAAAUAGUGAUUUUGCACAGAAUUUUCGCCAGAUUUUGAAAUAUCGCUGAGUAAAUAUAUUCGAUCUCAGUCUACCGUUAGACCACAGGAAAAUAAAUGAGAGUAAAAUUUACCAACUCAUCCACCAAAUGUUGAAAUAUUUCACUUUGGACCACAAAGUUGCUUAUUCGUUUGGCAAAAAAGCAAAUGCUCAAGUAUUGAACCUUGUGGAACACCAGAGAACAUUUUCUCAAUUUCAGUUGCCUAAUUCGAAUUAGAUGCACUUUUCUGAGAUUUGUCUGCUCAAAGAAUAGGAAAAAACAACAUAUUGGGAUGAAUUUCAUGUUAAAUGUAGCUGGUAGCUUGUGAGAUUCGCUUUUCUGGACCAAUUUUUGAGGAACACCACAGUAUGUUAUGUUAUUUAGGUAGUUUCUAAACUACCAAUGCAAAGUGCCUUCUUGAAGUAUGGUGAAGUUUGUCUUUGAUCAAUGCAAAGUGCCUUCUUGAAGUAUGGUGAAGUUUGUCUUUGAUCAAACAUGAAAAUAUCUCCAGACAAACUUGUGUAAUUUUCCAGUUGGACUUCUUUUUGAUACUUGAAGGUGUUUUACCUGCAAUGCAAGAAUUUAACUCUGCUGCCAGGUUCCUCAGUCAAAGUAUGUUUUAAUUGUUUUGAAGACAGCAAAUGUCUGUGCCACAUCUCAUUGAAAUUAGGGCUGUAACUAACGACGCCUCGAGUAAUCGUCUGAGCACAAUACGUCAUCAAAAGCGGAAGUGAGCGUACAAUGCAACAGAAAUCACCAUCCAACCGAAGCACGAAACACGGACGAACGUCGAUGCUGCAUCGUGCAUAUAUUAUGUAUGCACGAUGCAGCGUGGAUGUCCACGCUUAGAUACAGCUGUAUAGUAAAUGCUGACAUCCGUGUUUACGAUAGAUCGCUGAUGUCCGUGCUGUAUCAUGCAUACAUAAUACAUGCACGAUGCAACGGCGAUGUCCGUCAGUGUUCUGCGCUCAGGUCGGAUGGGGAUUUCUGUUGCAUUGCACGCUCACUUCCGCUUUUGAUGACUUAUCGUGCUCAGACGAUUACUCGAGGUGUCGUUAGCUGCAGCCCUAAUUGAAAUCCAUCCAGUAGUUUUAGUCUGAAUCAAAGUGCUGAAAGCGAUAAAAGCAAGGGUCCAAGUAUUGAACCUUGUGGAACACUGGACAACAUUUGGUCAGUUUCAAUUGCCAAAUUCAAAUUAGACUCACUUUUCCGAUAUUGACCUGCUAAAAAAAUGGGGAAAAAAACAACAUAUUGGGAUGAAUUUCAGCCUAAAUGUAGCUGGUAGGUCUUGAGAUCAGCUUUUCUGGACUAAAUUUUACAAAAAAAGCAAAGUCCACACAUUGAGCCUUGAGGAACACCGCAGUAUGUUAUGUUAUUUAAGUAGCUUCAAAACUUCCAAUACAAACUGACUUCUUGAAGUUGAUCUUUGAAUAAACUCUGGUCAAACUCUAGAAUAUCUACAGAAAAACCUGUAUAAUUUUCCAGCUGGACUUCUUUUUGGUAUGUGAAGGUGUUUCACUUGCUAUCCAAGAAGCUAGCUCGGCUGCCAGAUUCCUCAGUCAAAGUGUAUUGUUUUGAAGAGAGGGAAUGUCUAUGCUAAAUUUCAUGGAAAUCUAUCCAAUACUUUCUGUUCAAAUCAAAGUGCUGAAAGCGACAAAAGCAAGGGUCCAAGUAUUGAACCUUAUGGAACACCAGAAGUGUUUUCCUUCAUUUCAACAGGAUUAAUUAAGCCAAAAGGAACAGAAAAAUGACGUGACCCUCUCUAUGUUUGAGGAAAACUUGUUAUAGAAGUUGUGUAGACUCUGGUUGAUCUGUGUGAUUUGGUGUUUUUUGCCUUGUAGCUUAAACUCACAUAGAUGAAUGACGCAAAAACAGUGUAGCAUCUGUUGUUGGAUUUUUACACUGAUCCAAACAAAAACAUUUUUUGAUUUGCAAAAACUCAACCGUUUGCAUUUAAACUUCACACACGGCCUUAUUGUGGUACCAUAUGUGCUUUUUGUAUGACUUCAUUUUGAGGCUAAAUUCAGUAUUUUUACAUUCGAAAUGAUUAAACUCUUGUAAUUAAAGAUCUUAAGUGACUAAAAAUGUAAAUUCUAAAGAGGGGAGAAAAAAUCAACUUCUGCCUUCUUUUUCAUUGCUGAAGUCUGAUUCUUCACUUGCUUUCUAAAUGUUUUUCUGUAUAAAACUGAUUUUGUAGAUACUAAACCUAAGAGAUUAAAGAUAUUUUUAUUACCAAAA